UUGUAUUAUAUUGGGCAAUAAGUCAGAUCUUGAGGAUAUGAGGCAAGUCCAGUACAAAGAAGGAAAAGACUUUGCAGAUAGCUUCGGAGCCUUCUUUGCUGAGACUACUAUAAAGGACUCUAGCACAAUUGACGCAGCAUUCCAAAUCUUGAUAAAGAUGGUGUAUAUCAAUAAAACUGAAGAGAUGUCUAAGCCCACACCAAAGAAGAAUUACAAGAAACUAUAUGCAGGCCAUUAUACGAGCAAUAUGGAAGAGAAGAAGACAAAGAAGGAUAAUGAUUGAAAAUGCUAA